AUCAACAUGGCGGCCAUCGGAAGAAUGUCGUAUUCCAGUUGUCAGCUAAAAGUGUUUAAAUAUGUAACGACUAAUCCAUAAAAAACCCAUUUAAACAUCAAAAAUCCGUCCAAGUGCAAGAAGCCAUGUCACAGCAAAUGAACAGCACAGCUGCCCACCAGCACAGUGCCAAUGCAAGCCUGAAUGGCAGCAUGAAUGGCCAUUCCUUUGGGCUUCCGGGAGUCGACCAGGAGCAGCUCAAGAGCCGGCUGUACUCCUACGCUCCAAAACAGGUCCCGGAAAACACCAAGGCUCUUAAGUUCAAGCGGAUAACUCCAGCGCAGAAAAUUACAAGGUCAAAACCCACAGCUACCAAGUUGGAACCACUGCCUGGCCUAGCCAGGUUCCAGGAAUGCAACCAGCCUGAGUAUAUCCGGCGAAAAGCUGCCGAGGAACAGGCAGCCAGGGGGCUGGUUGUGAGUAAAUCCCUGGGGGAGCCGGAUGAAAAGAAGCCCCGACGGCCUGGGUCUGUGGAACCACUGGAGAGACCCCCCAGCGCCACGCCCCUACCGGAGCUUCCGGAUGAACUCAAGCAGAAACAGAGUUCUUUUGCCGGAGGACCCCUCCGAUCCCCGACCCCACCCAAGGAGCCCAAGCCAGCCAGCCCCCGGCAGGGGCAUGCCCGGGCCACCACGGUCAACCUCCCAGUCUUACAGGGCCCGGAGGAGUUGGAAGGGCUGCGGGACAUCAGCGAGAUCAUCCGCAAUGUUAGGGAGAGACCCAAGCUAGGAUUCCUGUACAUGUCCCCUGCAGUGCCCAAGGCCUCUGUGCUGUAUCACCCAUACAAUCUGAAAAUCGUCAACCACAACGGCAUCAGCCACAGUGACUACUACACCAUCAGUCGCAAGGGGGUGACUCACAUGCAGCCCAACGAGACGGUCUUCACUGACCUUGACCGGUGGGAGCAGGAGUACCGGUAUUACACGCGGCUGGUCCGGAUCCCGACCUUUGCCCUCUUCCGUAAGUGGAAGGCCUUCACCACCUGGCGCAAGAACGUCUCCUCGCGCAAGGUCGCCAGCUGCAAGAAGCAGCUGCAGGAGAACCUGUUUAUCGUCAACCCGUCUCUGCGGCCGGCCCUUCUGAAUGUGCGCGAGAUGUGCUACCGCAUCAGUGACAUGGGUCUGUGUAAGGUUGAGAAAGGACGUACGUACACGCUGGCGGACUUCAGCGUGGCACAGUUUGCACAGCUGAAUGAGGUUGCUGGCAGGCUGGCUGAAUUCCGUGAGCUGGUGAAGGAAGUGGUCCGUAGUGCCUGUCGCACGGCCCUGCUGGAAGCCGGCUUCACCCCUGAUGACUACUUCCUGGAUGCAGAAAGCCCUGGAGGAGAGGAGGGAGGUCCACCAGGCACUGCAGCCUCCAGCUACCUGAUGCAGAGCAACUUCGACAUGGACAUCUACGGAGAUGCGCCGGACAAGAUGACCUACACGGAGCAGGCCAACAAGCGCAGUCACUGCAGACGCCUGACAUGUUUCAUCCGAUUAGCAGACUACCUGAUAGUGAACACCAUGCACGUGCUGGCCGUCAACUCGGUCACCACCUUGCUGAACUACUUGAAGGAGCAACUGCAGAACACGCCCUCUCUGGCCCAGAUACAAGGCAAGGAGGAGAAGACAGAAGAGACUGAAGACAAGGGGACCACUACCCUGGCUGCUGCGUCACUGGCCGGCACCAACACCGUGGGUUUCCAGGACGAUGCCGUAGACCACUCCCUGACCCCUCUCUUCCUGACAGAAUUUGUCCUGGAGCCCAACCAGAUCCUCUUCUCGCCGGACCUGGACGAGUACCAGGACGGCAUAGCCGAGGUCAUCACCGAGUUCCAGAACUGCGUCCUGGGUGUGGUUAACUUGGUCCCUGACAACUACUUUGAUGCUUUCACAAGACCGAUCAUCAACGGCAAGUUUGAAGAGAAGACUGCCGGAGACGGUCCGAGUCUCACCGCCAUGUUUGAAGAUGACAAGCAUCUGCACGGUGUCAUACAGAGCCUCAGGGAUUGCAUCACUAAAGCAUUUGAAGCAGCCAGCCAGUACGGAGACACAUUUGAGCCAUUCCGAGAAUUCUACCGUGAGAACGAGAGCUUGGAUGUGGAAGCCAUGAGAGAGCUGGAACAUGAUGUGGAGUUCUUUUCUGAGGCCUUGGAGAGGUACAACAGACAGCACGCUGGUGCCGAGGCAAUUGCCCUGAGGCGCUCCAUCGGGAUGUUGAUGGUAGACGCUGUGAAGAUGAGGAACAAACUCAUCCCGUCACCGCUGAGAUGUCUCGAUGUCAUCCAUGAUAUGCUGCCUAAACUGGCCAAGCGACGCGUGGAUAAGCUGAUCGCGGAGGCCCAAGAUGCUCAGUACAAGCUGGAGAUUAUUCCCAGCACCACCAAAGAGUUUGUGGAGGCCCUGACCUUCCUGGAUGAGAUACAGGAAAGGAUUGAUCCCCUGGAGGCAGAAGCGCUGGUCAUCAAGGACAUGUACGACCUGGUGGACCAGUACCACGUCCCCACUCCGCCCGAGGACUUUGCCGUCUACCAGACCCUGUCCCCCUCGGUCAUCGCCGUCCGCAACGCCAUUGACAAGGCGGUGGGAGAGCGGGACGCCAACGUGGACAAGUUCUGCAACCAUCUGGACAAGGACAUCGCCGAGCUGAACAAGGACGUCAAGAGUAUCAAGCAGGAAUCACAGAACCCAAUGAUCCUCGAUGUCAACGCCGAUCAGCUCAAGGUCACGGCUCUCCUCAACAAGUUGGGUGGUAGACUGGAGCAGCUGCAGAAGACGGCCUUCCUUUACAAGUCCUAUCAGAAGAACUUCAAGGUGGAAGUCUUCAAGUACGAGGAGUUGGAGGAGACGCACGCUGAGCUGAAGUUGAAGCAGCUACUGUGGCAGUCGCUGGAGGAAUGGGACCAAAUCGCCGCGCAGUGGACCGAGUGUGAAUUCGACAGUCUGGACCCUGAAGAAUUGUCUGCAACAGUCGCCCGCUAUGCCAAGUCUGUCCAUCAGCUUGAAAAGGGACUGCCACCCAACCACGUCGUCCCCAAGCUGAAGGAGAGAGUCGAGGGAAUGAGAGAGAAGUUGCCGGUGAUCACCAACCUGCGCAACCCCUCCCUGAAACCCCGCCACUGGGAGACCAUCGAGAGCAUCCUGGAAUUCAGCCUCAAAUCGGAGGAGGAGCCCCUGAGCCUGGGCUUGCUGACCAAGCUGGAUGCCUUCAGUCACACCGAGGAAAUCGAGGAGGUGUCUGGCCAGGCCUCCAGUGAGGCUGCCCUGGAGACCCUGCUGAAGAAGGUGGAAGAUGCCUGGAAGACCACCGAGUUUGUGGUGCUCCCCCACCGCGACUCCAAGGACGUCUUCAUCCUGGGUGGCACCGACGAGAUCCAGGUGCUGCUGGAUGACAGCCAGGUCAACAUCUCCACCAUCGCCAGCUCCCGGCACGUGGGGCCUAUCAAGACCCGGGUGGAGGAGUGGGUGCGCAACCUCAGCCUCUUCGGUGAGACGCUGGACGAGUGGCUGACCUGCCAGCGCAACUGGCUGUACCUGGAGAGCAUCUUCAGUGCCCCGGACAUCCAGCGUCAGCUCCCGGCCGAGGCCAAGAUGUUCAUGCAGGUUGACAAGUCUUGGAAGGAGAUCAUGCGCAAAGCCAACCGCCUGCCGCUGGCCAUGCGCGCGGCCACUCAGCCUGGCCUCCUGGAGACCUUCAAGAACAACAACGCCCUCCUAGACCAGAUCCAGAAGUGCCUGGAGGCUUACCUGGAGUCCAAGCGAUGCAUCUUCCCUAGAUUUUACUUCUUGUCCAAUGACGAGCUGCUGGAGAUCUUGUCCCAGACGCGCAAUCCUCACGCUGUGCAGCCCCACCUCAGGAAGUGCUUCGAUGCUAUUGCCAAGUUGGAGUUUGGUACCACCGGAGCCGUCGAUGGCAAGACGUCCCCCUCAGGGGAAAAGGAGGGGGAAGCUGUGAAAACGUCCACCAACGAUAUCCUGGCCAUGAUCUCACCCGAGAACGAGAAGGUGGGCCUGGGCAAAGGGUUGAAGGCCCGGGGCAACGUGGAGGACUGGCUGGGCAAAGUGGAGGAGGCCAUGGUGGUCUCACUGCGCCGCCUGACCAAGGCGGCCCUGGGCGACUUUGAGCAGCGGCCCCUGGAGGAGUGGGUGACCCGCCAUGCCUCCCAGGUGGUGCUGACCGUGGCCCAGACCAUGUGGUGCCGGGAUGUGACGGAGAUCUUGGAGGGGGAUUGCGACCGGGCUGAGGCUAUGAAGGAGUUUGAGGUCAAGAACUUUGAGAGUCUGAACCGGCUGGCGGCCAUGGUGCGCGGCAACCUGACCAAGCUGGUGCGCAAUAUCCUGUGUGCCCUGAUCACCAUCAGUGUGCACGCCCGCGACAUCAUCACCAGCAUGGUCAAGAACGGGGUGGACAACACCAAUAACUUUGAGUGGGUCAAGCAGAUGCGCUACUACUGGGACCUGGAGCUGGACAACUGUGUGGUGCGUAUGUCCACCUCGCAGUACGUGUACGGCUACGAGUACUUGGGGGCCUCACCACGUCUGGUCAUCACGCCCCUGACGGAUCGUUGCUACCUGUGCCUAAUGGGCGCCCUCCAGCUGGACCUGGGCGGGGCCCCAGCCGGCCCCGCCGGCACAGGCAAGACAGAGACCACCAAGGACCUGGCCAAGGGCCUGGCCAAGCAGUGUGUGGUCUUCAACUGCUCAGACGGCCUGGACUAUAAGAUGAUGGGCCGGUUCUUCUCCGGCCUUGCCCAAUCCGGUGCCUGGUGCUGCUUUGACGAGUUCAACCGCAUCGAUAUCGAGGUGUUGUCUGUCAUUGCCCAGCAGCUCAUCACAAUCAGGAAUGCAAAGGCUGCCAAGCUGUCGCGGUUCAUGUUUGAGGGACGCGAGAUCAAGCUGGUGCCAUCCUGCGCCGCGUUCAUCACCAUGAAUCCCGGCUACGCUGGCCGUACCGAGCUACCUGAUAACCUCAAAGCUCUCUUUAGACCGAUCGCCAUGAUGGUACCUGAUUACGCACUGAUUGCAGAAGUCAUUCUGUACUCGGAGGGCUUUGAGUCCUCCAAGAACCUGGCCCGCAAGAUGACCCAGAUGUACAAGCUGUGCAGUGAGCAGCUCUCCCAGCAGGACCACUAUGACUUUGGCAUGCGGGCCGUCAAGUCGGUCUUGGUCAUGGCGGGGGCCCUGAAACGAGGCAACCCGGACCUGGGCGAGGACAUUGUGCUGAUCAGGGCGCUCCGUGACAGCAACCUGCCCAAGUUCCUGGCUGAUGAUGCCGUUCUCUUUGGGGGCAUCUUGUCUGAUUUGUUCCCCGGCUGCGUCCUACCCGAGCACGAUUAUGGCACCCUGCAGACCUUCAUCGUUCAGGCCUUGGUGGACAAGGGCCUGCAGCCCGAGGAGUGCAUCGUCAAGAAGGUCAUCCAGCUGUAUGAGACCAUGAUCGUCCGUCAUGGUGUCAUGUUGGUUGGGCCGACGGGCGGUGGCAAGACCACCACCUAUGAGAUUUUGCAGAGUUCGUUAACUGAGCUCCACAAAGCCGGUGAGGAGAGCCCCUAUUACCAGCCAGUCCACACCUACGUGCUGAACCCCAAGGCGGUGUCCAUGGGUGAGCUUUAUGGAGAGGUCAACAAGCUGACCCUGGAGUGGCAGGACGGACUGAUGGCCACCAUUGUCCGUGUCACCUCCGCCGAAACCACUGACGACCACAAGUGGGUCAUUUGCGACGGUCCCGUGGACGCACUGUGGAUUGAGAACAUGAACACCGUACUGGACGACAAUAAGAUGCUGUGUCUGGCCAACAGCGAGCGUAUCAAGCUGUCCAACUCCAUCCACAUGGUCUUUGAGGUCCAGGACUUGGCCGUGGCCUCCCCAGCCACUGUCAGCAGAUGCGGCAUGGUUUACAUCGACCCCGGCGAGCUGAAGUGGAUGCCCUAUGUCCUGACCUGGAUGACCCAGUUCAAGGGCAAGGUCAAGGAGGAGACCUACGCCUACAUCCUGGAGCUGUUCCAGACUUACGUGGAGGAUGGACUGCGCUUUGUCAACAAGAAGUGCAUCCAGGCCAUAAAUCAGGUUGACAUCAGCAAGGUCAACACCCUGUGCUGCCUUCUGGAAGCCCUGGUCUUCAAGGGCACCUUAGAUUUCAAGAUGGAGGUCAACCGCUUGCACUCGCUGAUCUGCACCACCUUCGUCUUCUGUUACCUGUGGUCAGUGGGAGGCAACCUGGUGGAGAGCUGCUGGGACCUGUUUGACACCUUCGUCAGGAACCAGUUUGAGGACAACGGAGAUGCUAAGCUGAACACCAGUGGCGACCUGUGGAGUUGCUACAUUGACUUUGACACCAAGCGCAUGGACAUGUGGGAGAAGAUUAUCCCGGCCUUCAAGUACAACCCCGAGCAGCCGUUCUUCGACAUGCUCGUGCCCACCAUGGACACGGUGCGCUUCGGCUACCUCAUGGAGAAACUGUUGAGCGUGAACCGCUCGGUUCUCUUCACUGGUACCACGGGUGUAGGGAAGUCUGUGAUUGCCAGAGGGCUGCUGGACGGCAUCAGCGAGAAAGCAAGCUACGCCCCUGUCUUUAUCAACUUCUCUGCCCAGACCACCAGCAUCCGCACCCAGGAGAUCAUUGAGGGUAAACUCGAGAAGAAGCGCAAGACAAUCUUAGGUGCCCCUGCUGGCAAACGUGUCAUCAUCUUUGUUGAUGACCUGAACAUGCCCAAGCUGGAUACCUACGGUUCCCAGCCUCCCAUCGAGCUACUGAGGCAGUACCAAGACUUCCGUGGGUUUUACGACAGGGAGAAGCUCUUCUGGAAAGAGAUACAUGAUGUGACAUUGUCAGCAGCGUGUGCCCCACCCGGUGGAGGUCGUAAUCCCGUGACCCCACGCCUCAUGAGACAUUUCAGCAUGCUAUGCGUGCCUACCGCAUCUGACCACAGCCUCAAGCACAUAUUCAUGUCCAUCAUCAGUGGUUUCCUACAUGACUUCCCGCCGGCCGUCAAAGGCACCGCUGAAGCCAUCGUGGGCGCUGCAGUGGAGAUCUACGGCCGCAUGAGCACGGACCUGCUGCCCACACCGGCCAAGUCCCACUACGUCUUCAACCUCCGAGAUCUGUCCAAAUGUGUGCAAGGCGUGUUGCAGGCCGACCCCGGCGUGAUCCGCGACCAGGCCGGCAUGUUCCGCCUCUUCUGCCACGAGUGCCAGCGCGUCUUCCACGACCGGCUCAUCAACCUGGAGGACAAGGCCUUCUUCAACGAGAUCAUGGCCGAGAUGGCCAGCAAGCACUUCAGCCAGACGGUGGAGCCCGAGAGCUUCAUCAAGAAGCCCAUCAUCUUCGGCGACUUCAUGAAGAUGGGCGCAGACGAGAGCGACCGGCUGUACGAGGACAUCAUGGACCUGAACAAACUCAAGAAUGUCCUGCAAGAUUACCUUGAUGACUGCAAUCUGGCAUCCUCCAAGGAGAUGAAGUUGGUGUUCUUUGUGGAUGCCAUUCAGCAUGUUGCUAGGAUCAUCCGAAUCAUUCGACAGCAACGGGGUAACGCCCUGUUGGUAGGCGUCGGGGGUACAGGAAAGCAGUCCUUGACCAGGCUGGCCGCCCACAUCUGCAGCUACAAGUGCUUCCAGAUUGAGCUGUCUCGCGGCUACGACUAUUCCUCCUUCCACGACGACCUAAAGCAGCUGUACGAGUUAGCUGGCGUCCAGAACCAAAACACAGUCUUCCUGUUCACAGACACACAGAUUGUAGUGGAGGAGUUCCUAGAGGACAUCAACAACAUCCUUAACUCUGGCGAGGUGCCCAACCUCUUUGAGGCGGAGGAGUACGAGCGGGUCAUCAUCGGCUGCCGGCCGGCUGCCAAGGAGGUGGGCAUCCCUGAGGGCAACCGGGAUGAGAUCUUCAACUUCUUCAUUGGCCGGGUGCGGCAGAACCUGCACAUUGUGCUGUGCAUGAGCCCCGUGGGCGAUGCCUUCCGCUCCCGCUGCCGCAUGUUCCCUUCAUUGGUCAACUGCUGCACCAUCGACUGGUUCACCGAGUGGCCCCGGGAGGCCCUGCUCUCCGUCUCCGAGACGUUCUUUGAGACGGUGGAUCUGGGCGAGGAAGCCAUGAAGAGUAAGAUUGCCGAGAUGUGUGUGGAGAUCCACACCAGCGUGAGCGCCAUGGCGGAGCGCUUCUACUCUGAGCUGCGUCGUCGGUACUACACCACACCCACCAGCUACCUCGAGCUGAUCAACCUGUACCUCUCCAUGCUGUCCGAGAAGAGAAAGCAACUGGUGAAUGCCCGCGACCGCGUCAAGAACGGACUGACCAAGCUGCUUGAGACCAACCAGCUGGUGGCUGACAUGGAGGUCUCUCUGACUGCCCUGGAGCCUGUCUUGAAGCAGAAGUCCAUCGACACCGACAAGCUGAUGGAGAGGCUUGCCGUGGACCAGGAGGCUGCUGAUCAGGUGCGUAAAGUUGUGCUUGAUGAUGAGGCCACUGCCAAGGUCAAGGCGGAGGAAACCCAGGCCAUUGCUGACGAUGCCCAGCGAGACCUUGACGAGGCCCUGCCGGCUCUUGAGUCAGCCCAGAAGGCCCUGGAUGCCCUGGACAAGAACGACAUCUCCGAGAUCAAGGUCUUUAACAAGCCGCCUGACAUGGUGUUGACUGUCAUGGAGACCAUCUGCAUCCUCUUGGGCGUCAAGCCUGAUUGGCCGAGUGCUAAGGGUCUCCUGAGUGACCCCAACUUCCUGAAGAAGCUGUUGGACUACGACAAGGACAACGUCCCAGACUCCACCCUGAAGAAGUUAAAGAAGUACAUUGAAAACCCCAAGUUUGUGCCGGAGGUUGUUGAGAAAACCUCAAAGGCCUGCAAGUCUAUGUGCAUGUGGGUGAGAGCCAUGGAUCUCUACUCCAAAGUGUUCCGCACCGUCGAACCAAAGAAGAAAAAGCUAAAGGAAGCAGAGGAGGAACUGGCAGCCACCAUGAGCGUGCUGAAGGAGAAGCAGGACAAGCUGGCGGCUGUGGAGGCCCAAAUCGCCGAGCUGCAGGCCUCCUACGACGCCAGCGUCAACGAGAAGGAGACGCUGGUCAAGACCAUGGCCCAGACGGCCGGCCGGCUCAAGCGGGCCGGCAAGCUGACCACGGCACUGGGGGAUGAGCAGGGACGAUGGCAGGAGAGUGUCCAGGAGUUUGAGAAGGAAAUCGGCAACGUGGUGGGCAACGUCUUUGUGGCUGCAGCCUGCGUGGCCUACUUCGGUGCGUUCACCAGCUCCUACCGCGUAGAGCUGGUGAAACAUUGGACAGAUCAUUGUAAGGAGCUGGAGAUACCAGUGACUGAGGACUUGACCCUGCUGAAGGUCUUGGCCGACCCUUUCGAGAUCCGGCAGUGGAAUGCCGACGGGCUGCCGAGGGAUAACGUCUCCACGGAGAAUGCCAUCCUAGUGACUCGCGGACGUCGGUGGCCCCUUAUGAUUGAUCCUCAAGACCAGGCCAAUCGGUGGAUCCGCAGCCGGGAAGCCAAGAACGGCUUGAAGGUGAUCAAGCUGACGGAUGCCAACUUCCUGAGGACCCUUGAGAACGCCAUUCGUAUCGGCAUGCCAGUGUUGCUGGAGGAGGUGGGAGAGACUUUGGACCCGGCGCUGGAACCCAUCCUACUGAAGCAGACAUUUGUCCAGGGCGGGCGACUCCUGAUCCGUCUGGGAGACAGCGACAUUGAUUACGACAAGAACUUCCGCUUCUACAUGACCACCAAGAUGUCCAACCCCCACUAUCUGCCGGAGGUCUGCAUCAAGGUCACCAUCAUCAACUUCACCGUCACCAAGUCCGGGCUGGAGGAUCAGCUGCUCAGUGAUGUCGUACGUCUUGAGCGGCCGGAUCUUGAGGAGCAGCGUAACCAGCUGAUCGUCCGCAUCAAUGCCGACAAGAACCAGCUCAAGGCCAUUGAAGAUCGCAUCCUCAAGCUGCUGUUUGAAUCGGAGGGUAACAUCCUUGACAAUGAAGAGCUGAUUGACACACUGAACAAGUCCAAGGUUACGUCUGGAGUGAUCACCACCCGUCUCAAGGAGGCAGAGCAGACCGAGGAGAAGAUCACCACGGCUCGUGAGAAGUACCGUCCUGUGGCAGCCAGGGGCUCUGUCAUGUACUUUGUGGUGGCCUCCUUGGCCGAGAUUGAUCCCAUGUAUCAGUUCUCGCUCAAGUACUUCAAAAAUUUGUUCAAUCAGUGCAUUGAGAGCAGUGAGAAGAGUGAUGAUCUGGACACCAGACUCAAGAUCCUCCUGCGCCAGACUACAAUUGCCGUCUACACUAACGUAUCCAGAGGUUUGUUUGAGGCGCACAAGCUCGUGUAUUCCUUCAUGCUGUGCGCUGACAUCAUGCGACAAGAGGAGAAGAUUGGACAGACGGAGUGGAACUUCUUCCUGCGUGGUGCAGCCGGGAUGGACAAGGAGCGCCCACCCAAGCCGGACAUACCCUGGCUGACAGACCAAAUGUGGAACAACACUGUUGAUAUGGAUGACUCGGUGCCCUCCUUCAAGGGUCUGCUGAGAGACCUCCAGGCUACCCCUGUCCACUGCAAGAUUGGUCGGUUGGAGGUGGCUCCUAACCCUGCCUCCUGGGAAGGCUACGGCCCGCCCCCUCCGGCCUACGAACCUCCCCCGCCCCCUCCAGAGGGAGAGGAAGCUCCGCCGGUAGAGGACGACGGAAAGGUCAAGGGUCACUGGGACCAGCGGCUGAGCAGUUUCCAGAAGCUCAUGAUGGUCAAGAGCUUCAUGGAAGAAAAGGUCGUCUUUGCCGUGACAGAUUUCGUCCACGAGAACCUGGGCAAGGUCUUUGUAGAGAGCCCCGCAGUAGACCUGGCCACGCUGUUCGAGGACAUGACUCCCACCACCCCCUUGGUCUUCAUCUUGAGCACGGGCUCAGACCCCAUGGGGGCCUUCCAGCGCUUUGCCAAGGAGCGGGGGUUCAUGGAGCGCAUCCAGGCCAUCUCCCUGGGGCAGGGCCAGGGCCCCGUGGCCGAGAAGAUGAUGGAGUCGGCCGCCAAGAGCGGAGAUUGGGUCUUCCUGCAGAACUGCCACUUGGCGGCCUCUUGGAUGUUGCCCAUGGAGGAGAAGAUUAAGGAGAUGGGCGAGCCCAGCUACGAGAUGCACGAGGACUUCCGACUCUUCCUCAGCUCCAUGCCCACUACCAAGUUCCCCGUCUCCGUCCUGCAAAACAGCGUCAAGGUCACCAACGAGCCGCCCAAGGGGCUGAGGGCCAACGUCCGUAGGGCCUUCUCCGAGAUCACCCCUCAGCAGUUUGAAGAGCACAUUCUUGGAAUCAAAUGGCGAAAGCUGAACUUUGGCAUCUGCCUGUUCCACGCCAUUAUUCAGGAACGUAAGAAGUUCGGCCCCCUUGGUUGGAACAUCAAGUACGAGUUUAAUGACAGUGAUCGUGAGUGCGCCUUGGAGAAUCUCCGCAUGUUCCUGGCUGACGGCGAGAUACCCUGGGACGCUCUUGUCUAUAUCACAGGGGAGAUUACCUACGGUGGUCGUGUGACCGAUGCGUGGGAUCAACGUUGUCUACGCACCAUCUUGAGACGGUUCUUCUCUCCAGAAACACUGGCCCCAGACUACAAGUACUCCGAGUCGGGUAUUUAUUACUGUCCUGAUCUGGACACCAUGAGCGAGUAUCGUAACUACGUGGAGAAUCUCCCGAUCAUUGACGAGCCAGAGAUCUUUGCUAUGUUUGACAACGCCAACAUCACAUUCCAGCGUCAAGAGACCCAGCAGUUGAUCAAUACUAUCCUGGAAGUGCAGCCGCGCAUGGCGUCGGGUGGUAGCGGCAUGAGUAAUGACGACAUUGUCUACGAGCUGGCCGACAGCAUCCUGGCCAAGCUACCCGACAAUUUGGACAUCGAUGAGGCGUACCAGGAAAUGUUCAAGGUGGAUGACAAGGGACGCAUCAACUCACUGACCACUGUGCUCUGCCAAGAGGUGGAUCGCUUCAACAUUCUCCUGAAGGUCAUCAAGAACUCGAUGCAGACCAUCCAGAAGGCCAUCAAGGGCCUGGUGGUCAUGUCCGAAGAGCUGGAACGGGUCUACCACAGCUUCCUCAACAACCAAGUGCCCAACAUGUGGAGCAAUGCGGCUUACCCGUCCCUCAAGCCGCUGGCCUCCUGGGUGCGGGACCUGCAGCUCAGGGUCUCCUUCGUUGGACACUGGAUCGUACACGGCCAACCCAAGUCAUACUGGCUGUCUGGGUUCUUCUUCCCUCAAGGCUUCCUGACGGGCACACUGCAGAACCACGCCCGCAAGUACGACUACCCCAUCGACCAGCUCAACUUCAGGUUCACCGUGCUGCCCCACUAUCGCGACCAGGCUGAGGUGGACGCACAGCAGGAGAAACUGGCCUUUGGUCAGGUCACGGACUCGGACAAAGAGGGCUCAGGUAGUAAGGAAAAGGACAAACCCACCUCCAAGGAUAGGAAAGAGGCAGGAGGUGAUACCGAGGAAGAGGAGGAAUUUACUUGCUGCUGUGUUAAGAAUGAUCUUCCCACGCCCGAGAACGGCGUGUUGGUGCACGGGCUGUUCAUGGACGCCUGCCGCUGGGACGACGAGAAGAUGACCCUGGCCGACUCGCGCUCGGGCGAGAUGAACCCGCCGCUGCCCGUCAUGCUGAUGGAGCCCGAGAUGAACUUUAGCCCUGACCCUGCCGACUACAUCAGCCCACUGUACAAGACGGGGCUGAGGGCCGGCACGCUCUCCACAACAGGUCACUCCACCAACUUUGUGGUGGCCGUCCAUCUUCCGUCCAAUCAACCUCAGGAUUACUGGAUCUCCAAGGGCUCAGCUUUACUCUGCCAGCUCAACGAAUAGAAACAAGGCCCUGCUGUAUUUACCUUCCAAUGUUCAAAUUACUCACAAGGACAGCAUUCAAAUUCUUGACAAAUCUGUCAGCCAACAAGCAGUUGCUGGCAGAAAUUAAACACAAAAUUUAGACGCUAAAGUCUGUUGUUAAACUUUGAUUCAUUCCAAAAAAGUACAGAUUGUUAUUUAAUGUGUCAUGCACAAAGCUGUUUUUAAAUGACCAUAUACUUGUAAGUUUGCGUAUGAGAGAUUAAGCCACCUAUUUUUAUUUAAGUAUUACCCUUUCACUUGUAAAUGUUAUUCCGUUUGCUGUUUGCAAAGUUUUCAUAAAGAAUUUGUUAUAUUUUAUUCUAAGUUGGUGUGCCUUAUGGGUGAUUUUUGGCCAAGACUAAUCUGUAUCUUGUUGAGUGUUGGUUGACCAAAUUUUAUUUUGCAUUAAUUAGCAGGUUAAAUAGAACACUUUUGUAAAUAUUUUCGAGAAGGAUGUUUUGUACAUUGAAUUUGAUGGGUUGGGAUUGACCAACAGUUAUACGUAAAAGAAACAUGUGCGUGUAAAGCCUUGCAGACUGUAAAUAAGUAAGCAUUCUGAAAACUGUCACCAACCUUGCUGUAAUCUUCCACUCACAGAACAAUAAUCUGAUAAAAUUGUUUUGAAAUCAGUAUUCCUUGAAGGGAACUGGGAUUCUGGGAUUGACAAAAGUAUGCACUUUUGCCCAACCCUGCUGAACUGAACCUCAAAUAACCUCACACAAAUACUACACAAGACGUUAUAAAUGUUUCCUCAAUUUCAGUUUUAAUUUUUUGGCGAACAGGUUUUAAAAAAAUGUUUUGACUUUUUUGGGGAGGGGUUGACAUUUCAACUUGAAUCAACCAUCAACACUUGUCGUCAUAUUUACUGUGAUAGUGCCUUGUAGUUCACAAUCCUUCAAAUGAUUUUUUUAUAUAUUACAACCAAGUGGGCUAAGUACAUAGAUUUCACCGACAAGCAUUUUAAAAAAUUCAGAAUCCGUCCAUCAGAAAUAAUAAUAAUAUUUGUAAAGCGCAUUUUUCCGAAGGUUUUAAUGCACUGGGAAAAAAAGCAACUGCAGGAAAGUAAACCAGGUGCUAAGACAAAAUUAGUGGGAGCAAAUGACCAAAACCUAGAGUGGAAACAGAUGAGAUUUAAGUUUACAUUCGAACUGUUGUAGGGAGUUGCAGUUACGAAUACUAAGAGGUAAUGAGUUCCAGCAUCUGGGUCCAGCAACAGAAAAAGCCCUGUCUCCUACUUUUUUUAAUGUACGUGGUAUUUUUAGGUUGUGUUUUGAGAAACCUUUACUCUCCGUCCAUUUCAUACACAAGCAAUGGUAUUCAACCAAAGAACCACCGACUUCAGAAACUAAUUGUUUGACAUAUAUUUUACACUUUUCAGUGUGAUACAAUGUAAAUUUGAAAGUGAAAAGCAAUAAAUUUAGCUGUUUGACAAACACCAAACACUUGUUGUUAUUGAGAAUCAUCUGUGUAUGUUUCUACUUCAAUUAAGCUUGUCAUCUUACUCCCAAAUUACCCAUCACUUUCUGCUAAAUAUACAAAUACUUUAUAUCAGGCAAAGAUUUGAGAUAAGAUACCUUCUAGCCACAAUUGAAAAACACUCGGUUCUUUGAUGCACUUUGAUUCUUUGGCUUAAAAAAAUCAUGUACGCUCAGUGUGGAAUUUGGACAGUUUUACCAUUUUGAAAGACAAGAAAUUAAUUCCUGUGGGAUAUAUGCAACAUUGCAACUGAAUGCAAGUCAGAUCUGUAGAAAUGCAAAAAACCCCAAAACACUUUAGGGCUCAGGAAUGUUUCAUAACACUACAUGUAUAAUAAAAAUUAAAGAAUGCGUUUUUCCUUCUUGUCUUACUCCCAAGGUAUCCUUCACUCCCUACAAAUACACAGAUACAUAUACAUCAUGAAGAGGUUAAUGAUCAUUAAAAAAAUGAGCAUUUGACAUUUUAUCAUUUUGGAAGACGGUAUCUUAAUUACUCUGGGACACAGUCAAACUGGAACUGCAGGCAAGUCAAACUUGCAGUUGUGAUGCCUAUCAUUCUUGGCUUGGUGCCCACUGCAGACACUCCGUCCUAGGUAGGAAGAUUCCUGAAAUUUCAGCGUUCACAGUGUAGCUUGCUUGUUUAGCAUGCACAGAUGCAAUACCCCAUUGAACUGCAUCCACACAUGGGCCACAUAACAUUGUAGCAAAGUAUCGAACUGCAGACUUGUCCAUUACAUGUACUUAUUUGGAACACGUGCGGUGGCAUAUCUAGGUUUUGAUUAUGGGGGCCAAAGAGUUUUUUCUCUACAAAUGGCAAAGUGUUUCAUAAAUAAAUCCUACCCCACCUCAAAAAGGUGGUAGUAUUGUUUCAGAAGCUGUGCAUUCACUGAAUAAAAAGGAGGGGUAACCAUUUGGGGGGGGGGGAACUUGAUCAAAUACUAGUCAUUAAAGGACUACAAGGAAUAAGCUUGAAGUCAUAGAAAUAUUCAUACAAAUGCAAUUAUUGGUAAAAGCGACGCCAUAGUUAUCUUGGCUUCUGGUCUUAUGGGCUCUGCUUCUGGCAGCUGCCAAUUUUCAGCGUGAUAAAAUUCUACCCAGUUCUAGUCACAAUAGGCCUACAUGUACAUGUACAUUGUAUGUACUGCUGAGGUCACACAUUCUUAAAAGUUUACCUGUGCGCUUUCCUACAGAGCUAGAUGGAGUCCAUGGUCCACUGGGCACCAACGGAACGCACACACAUAAAGCAUGGCAUCAUCAGGACAGAGAUCUAUUAUUACAAUGCGAAUUGAAUCUUUUUGCAUUAAAGCAUUUUCAAGUGGCACACUUGGUACAAACACAAUAAAAAAGCCCUCUUACCAAAAGUAAACCACCUCAGCACUGCACAAACUACUAAAAUAUUUUAAGGGCUUUGGAAUGCUUAUUAUUGCAUUACAUUUCAUGAUUUACCUAUACUGCCCUUUUUUUCUUUUUUAAUCAGAUAUCACGAACUGCCUGUUACCAGCAGUACAAUACAUGGGGAAAAUGGAAAAUAAAACUUGGCAAUGGUUCAUUAAAAUAUCUACUUACAGGAGUACAAUAACUGAAUUGCAUUUGAUGGGUAACUCUCUACCUCAUAGCAAUGCUCUUGAUCUAUUAGCUAAAUAUGCAAGACAAAGCAAAAGACGGAAAAUACCGCUAAAUAAACCAUAAUAAUGAUAACUAAGACUGGUUCAAACUUGACGCCAAAGCAAAUAUGAAAGCAAACUUGUAAUAUCAGAUUAAAUGUUCUAGCUGCCAUUUUCCAAAAGUUGAACACAUUUCAACUCCAGCAAAUUUCAUUGCAAAUUUGUGAUAUCAAAUUCACCGACCAGUCUUAAUGCAUCAUUUCAGCACACGAUUCAAAUCCACAUCAGUGGUUGGCACACGAGAUGUUGCAUUCAUUACCCCUUGUCAUUCUAUCCAUAAAACAGUUAAUUCUAUCUCUCCUCCAUGGGAAACAGACAAUUUGAAUCGGCUAUUUUGGCCCAAAAUGUCAUUCCAAACUCACACACAAAAUAAUCUCUUCAUCUCACCCACAUUCCAGAGUGGAAAAAGUGGCAACAUGCCUUGCCUUGAAACACAAGCAAUCCAGCAGGCCGGACUUGAACCCAUAAAUGGCAGACAUAUCCACAAUUCUCAAGUUCCAAGCUCCACACCGCAAGACUGCAGCUCUUGCAUAUAUGUACAUGUACAUAUAAAAAAUUGCACAUUAUAGGCAACCCUGUACCUCGUAACAAUGCACCAUCCCUGAAUCACACAGCAUAACCCACAAUUCAAAACAACACUUUCUAAACGAAAACAUAAAUACACAACAGCAAAACAAGUGAAAUAAGUCAACAAUGACUGCAUGCUAUAGGCAACCCUGUACCUCAUAAAAAUGCAUUAAGUAAAAAAAAGAUAAGUCUGGCACAUGGAUGAAUAUUAUGACACUUUAUGAAAACCUCUUCACUGCUUUAUAUUCCUUAGAGUGAUAAGGAGCCCUCAAAGUAGAUGAACUCUUAAACUUUGGAGAAACUUGAAGACUGCAUGAGCUUUCACAGCAACAACUACUUCAUCAGAUGUAAUGAGUAGGGACACACAUGGUAGGGGUGGGAUUAAUCCUUGUAGUGUGUA